AUGACAAAGAAAAGUAUAAGUGAAGAAAAAUUAACUGAAUUAGAAACCAAACUCGAUGAUAAUAGUGAAAUAGAUGCUAUUCAAAAAAAAUUACUAAAUUUAGUAGAUAAAACUCAGUUACAAAAUUUAAAAUCAUUAAUAUCUAAAUUAGAUGAUAAGAUAACUAAACAAAAAAUAGAUCUGAAACAGCUAAUAGAUAAUAUUAUUCCAGAUGAUAAGGUUACAAAGCAGAAAAUAGUUCUUAAACAAUUAAUAGAUAAUAUUAAACCAGGUAUAAGUGAAGAAAAAUUAACUGAAUUAGAAACUAAACUUAAUGAUAAUAGUGAAAUAGUCACUAUUCAAAAACAAUUACUCAAUCUAGUAGAUAAAACUCAAUUAGAAAGUUUAAAAUCAUUAAUAUCUAAUUUAAAUGAUAAGGUUACAAAGCAGAAAAUAGUUCUUAAACAAUUAAUAGAUAAUAUUAAACCAGGUAUAAGUGAAGAACAAUUAACUGAAUUAGAAACUAAACUUAAUGAUAAUAGUGAAAUAGUCACUAUUCAAAAACAAUUACUCAAUCUAGUAGAUAAAACUCAAUUAGAAAAUUUAAAAUCAUUAAUAUCUAAAUUAGAUGAUAAGAUAGAAAAACAAAAAAUAGACCUUAAACAACUAAUAGAUAAUAUUAAACCAGGUAUAAGUGAAGACACAUGGCAACAGGAAUCAACUGCUCUAGAAACUAAAUUUAAAACUGAAUUAAAAAAAGAACUAACAAAUAUUAAUCAACUGAUACAAAAUAUUUAUGAUAGUGAGAUUCAACAACAGAUAACUAUUAUUAAUAACGAAAUUUUAAAACAGGAAAAAAAUAUAGCCACAUUAGAAAAACAUCUCAAGGAAAAUAAAAAAUCAUAUUAUUUCAAUCUUCCAGUUUUCAGUGUGAGAAAUACUGAACGUAUUCCUACAGGUGAAACAACAUAUCACUUGGAAGGAUAUGGAUUUAUAUUAAAAAUAAAAGUAUUUUCAUAA